UGGUGUGAUGGUAUGUCCAUAUGGCAAAACAGCAGAUGGAUUUGAAAUGCAAAUUGGUGUCAACCACAUGGAUCAACUCCAGCUCGCAUCAUCAACGUCUCGUCCAUGGCUCAUAAGUGGGGGAACAUUAAUCUGGAUGAUAUUAACAGUGAGAAGAGCUAUGAUAAGUCAAAAGCUUACAGUCAGAGCAAACUGGCCAAUGUGCUCUUUACUCGCUCCUUAGCUAAAAAACUACAAGGUACGGGUGUAACAGUGUAUGCAGUCCACCCAGGUGUAGUGCAGACAGAACUGUGGAGACACUUGAGUGGACCCCAGCAAGCAGCCAUGUGUUUAAUCAGGCCCAUUACCAAGACACCAGUGCAGGGAGCCCAAACCACCAUCUACUGUUCUGUAGCUCCAGAACUGGAGACAGAGACUGGCAAGUAUUACAGUGACUGUGCAUCUGCAAGCUGCUCUAAUGUUGCUAUGGAUGAUGAUAUGGCACAGCGGCUCUGGGAUCUCAGCUGCCAGAUGCUCAAUAUAAUGUGGGAUUAAAAUUACUCUGGAGGCCUUUGGUGUUGGCAGGUUUUUUUGGAAUGAGCCAAGAAAUGAGCAUCUUAGUACUGUUUUCCCUAUAUCCAGCCCUGGGUUGACCCUAAUACUACAUUCAUUCAUGCUUUUCCUGUUGUUAUGCACCCGUUCAUGAAGGGUUUGAUAAUGUCAGUCCUGCUCAAUGUAAUGAACACUAUUCUUUAAGUCUUUUGAUUCAAAGGUUCCCACUCCUGUUUUCUUUCUUUCUCUCUCUCUCUCUCUCUCUCUCUCUCUCUCUCUAAUGCUCUUACUCCCUGUCUCUGAAUUAAUGAUAGCUAUUUUAUUAGUCAUAUGAAUAAUGAGUAAAAAUUAUAGUACACACAAAACAUUUUUUUAAAUAUUUGGAUGAAUGUCUUCUUAUAGUCUUUCAUACUUCUGAUAUGUGCAAGACAGUUGUAGCCAAAUAUUUAAACCUAAGUUUACUUUAAUUGUCCUACAAAGUAUGGCCUAUCUACACUGAGAUGACAGAGGUUUUCCUAUUAUUCCUUAUAAAGGUGGAGUGUUUCAAAUCAAGUGCAUAGACAUCUUAAUGCAAAUAACUACAUUUAUAGACCUGUUCUGAAAUAGGUAAGAACUGUGUCUAUGCAACCUCCAGAAACUGAAAUUUAUUUAUUUCUUUAACGCAUGUGUAGAGCAAUACGCAACAUUUAUAGCGAGCAGGAUGACGCAUUGUGGCUAAGUAAGGAAUUGCAGCAAACUGCGCACGUCGCCUUCACACGUAACGGUACGUGUUAAACUUAUGAGCACCGUGAAUACUGCAUCUAGGCUACUUAUUCAUGAAAACAGUCGUCUGAUGUGUUUACCUACUUCUGUAGACCAGUUAAUGAGCCUGUUUCUAUUGUUCAUAUUUACUGAUCCUGUGGAUGACGUUAGUGUGGCAUUCAUUCGCCACACUUACCUACAACCAAGCAAAACCCAAAUCAAAUUUAUAGCAUUCAAUUUGUUAGUUAAUUCUUCGAAUUAAAUAUCUCGUAAUGGGUUGGUAAUAGUUGGGGGGAAAUUACAUGUUUAAAACGACUGUAAAUCAAUUGCACAUAUUCACAUAUUUCUAAAAUAAUUUAAGUGGAUAGACACCGGGCAAUAGCUGUCCACUCACAGGUCUUAAAGGCCCUUGUAUUUUUGCCACAGCUUCCUGAGGGAACUGGCUGAUACGGCGGAGAGCUUAAAGUCAAAUUAAAGCGCCACCUUUCCAGCAAGGCUGAAGCUCGCCAGCUUCUUAUUCGAGUUUUCCGUUCCAUAAAUAAUUCUACAGUUGCCGCCUGCAGAUGGAGUAUUUUUACAAGCUGAAAAUAAAUCUGUAUUCAAUGUAACGCCUUCAAAUAAAUCCA